AACGAUCACUGGUGAAUUCAAUAAUGAUAUAAUAAUGAUAGGGGUUUCCCUUUGUGGUGCAGCCGGUUAGGUUGUAAUCAAAAAUGGCUAACAAGUAUCCACCAUUUGUGUUUGGGCAGCCAAGAUUCGACCAGUCAUCUUUCCAGGGUCGGCUGAGACAUUUCUUGGAUGUUGUCGAUCCACGAACACUGUUUACCUCUGAGCGAAAGCUCAAAGAUUCUGUGAAGUUGCUUGAUGAUUUUAAGAAGGGUACACUUGUUUCCGGAGUCUCCAACAAAGAGCUCUGGGAGGCUCAGAAAAUCAAACAGGCAAUCAUCCACCCUGACACUGGUGAGAAGAUCUUCAUGCCGUUUAGAAUGUCUGGAUUCGUACCAUUUGGAACAAUUACAGUGACUGGACUUCUGUUACCCAGCCAAGGCUUUGCACAGAUGAUCUUCUGGCAGUGGCUGAACCAAAGUCACAAUGCCUGCGUCAACUAUGCCAACAGAAAUGCCAGCAAGCCCACCCCCACUAGUCGGUUUGUUCAAGGCUACGUGGGAGCAGUCAGUGCUGCUAUCGGAAUAGCUGUGAGCCUCAACGCACUUCUUCAGAAGGCCGACAAGUUCUCCCCUGCCAAGAAAAUGAUGGUGCAGCGGUUCAUCCCGUAUCCUGCCGUGGCGUGUGCCAGUACCAUCAACACUGUGCUCAUGAGGAACCAUGAACUGACAGAGGGAAUAGAGGUGGUAGAUGACAAGGGGAACGUUGUCGGAACCUCCAAAAUUGCCGCCAAGAAGGCUGUGACUCAGACGGCCAUAACGAGGUUUGUCCUGCCUGCCCCCAUUCUAGUCAUCCCUCCCAUCAUCAUGACUGCUAUUGAGAAGACUGACUUUAUUCGUAAGUUCCCAAAGAUGCAUCUGCCCAUUCAAGCGAUGGUGUGCACGGUAUGUUUUGGACUGGCCCUCCCAGCCUCCAUAGCACUCUUCCCACAAAUCAUAGAGAUUGAUGUUACAAAUUUGGAGCCUGAAUUUCGAGAGAAGACUUCAAGGCAGACACUGUUUUUUAACAAAGGACUUUGAAUUUUAUGAUAAAUGACAGUAGUUUGUACUGUAGAAUCGACUAGAAUGACAGUAGAAUACAUACAUACAGUAGUUUUAUACAUUUUUCAAGCAAACAUACUUGAGGAAGGGUAUAGCUACAGGAAGUAUAAUUAUAGGAAGCACUUUGAAGUUUUGGGACUGACUUAAUGAGGUCAUACUUAUAAUGCAUGGUUGUGUAUAUAAGCAGAUAGUACAUGCACAUUUGCAAUCACAAAUCGAAUCAACUUUCACUGAAGGAGCUUCACUCAAACACCCAAACAAGUUAAGAUGACUACUGAGCUGCAAAUGGAGGCCCCUCCAGCUUACAACACCACUCCUGCUACCAUCAGCAGCACUGAGGCACCUGUAUAUGAUCAACCAGCCUCUCACAAAUUCACGGUCCCUAGUGCUCAGCCUCAUCCUCAGAGAUACAGUAACAGCAGCAACGAACCCGUCAACAGAGGCUUGAUAAUAUGUGGCCUCAUUUGCUGCGCCCUCUUUGGACGAAUAGGCUACAUCUAUAACGCACAGGCUGUGCAGCUGUAUCAAAAUAAGUCUAUCCAGGCCGGGGAUGAGGCAGCACAAAAGGCCAGACUAUGCUCCAUAACUGCCAUUGUGGUGGGGACACUCCUGUUUGUUGGUGUUGUCGGAGGAAUUACUGCCUGGCAAGUCCUUAGGAUUCAGGCUCAGACUUUUUAAGCAUUGUUUUUUUGGACACUUUUUAACUACAAUUCAUGUAGAUCUAUACAUUUUUAUAUUAUUAUCUUCGUCAAUUGACAACACUACAUGUACACUCUGACAAUAAGUGUUGUUUGAAGUCACUAAUUAAUUUUAAUGUUCUUGA